AUGAAGUGGAUCAAGGCUGGCAUUACACUCGUAUCCGUACAUUUGUUGACAACCGCUGUUGUUGCCUAUGAGACACUGGACGCAUCCAAGUUUACGCUAAAAGGAUACCCCAAUCGCUACGAUGAUCUCAUUGCCAAGUUGGAUGAUGCUUUGCCCAAUAUCAGUGUAGCGAAGGUGAUUGCCGAUACCAACCAUCCUAUGAAGUCAUAUUCAGGACCAUCGAACUUUGUAAAGGAUUUCACAUGGGAUAAGAAAUCUGGCUAUGAUGAUCAGGGGACUACAAAAUGGUAUCCACAGGGCAUUACAAGCUCAUCCGAUGCAUACGACAAAGGCACUUAUGGUGAAAACGAUAUCAUCCUGGCAUCUUGGUACGACCACGACAAGAUCGGCGGUGUCAAUAAAGGGGUUCGCAUCUCUUUCAUUGACGCCAAGAACAACAAGUACCGCAAUGUGUUGCUGGUGGUACCUGAUACAACUUCAUCAGGCACCGUAUCCUUCCAUGCUGUCAAGGUGCAUGCAGGUGGUAUCAUGUGGUAUGGUGACAAGCUCUAUGUCGUUGACACCAAUAACGGCAUCCGUAUCUUCGAUUUGAAUCACAUUUAUGAGGUGAGCAUUGGCGAUAAGAUUGGUCACGUUGGCUCUGGUAAAUACCAAGCAUACAACUACAAGUAUGUCAUACCGCAAUGGGGCCAUUAUCUCGCAGAGAGCGCUGAAGCCAAGGACUUCAACUACAGCUUUAUCAGCUUGGAUCGUACCACCUCGCCUGAUUCCAUCAUCAUGGGCCAAUAUGACAUUAAUGGAACCAAGAAUCGCAUCGUCCGCUUUGAUAUUGAUUACCAGACACGCCUUUUGAAGCAUUCAAGUGGAACCACCGCAACUGCUACAGAGUACUACAAUAUGGGUCUCAAAUCAAUGCAAGGUGCCACAUCCAUCAAUGGCCGAUACUACUUCUCGUGCAGCCGUGGCGCUAGCAAAGCUGGUGAUUUGUAUACGUGGGUCGUUGGAGAGGAACCAAAAGUACACACAGGCGCUUUAUCUAUUGGAUGUGAAGACCUCGCUUAUAGGAAGCAAAAUGAUGAGUUGUGGAAUUUGGGAGAGCAUCCAAACAAGCGUCCAGUUUACGCAAUCAAGGCAGGCAACUAUUAG